AUGGAGACGAUGCAAAAGUUUGAUUACAUGUUGGGUUUGAAGAAAAGUUUGGGUUAUGAUCAUCUGAUAACAGUGGAGCCGUUGGGGCUUAUCGGUGGUUUGGCGGUUAUGUGGAAGGACAACUAUCAAGUGGUAGUUCACUCGAGUGAUAAGAGAAUAAUUGACUUGAAAGUUUUGUGUGGUUCAACCUCUUUCUUUCUGUCGUGUGUCUAUGUUGACCCAGUGCAGGCAAAAAGACAAGAGGUAUGGGAUAGCUUGGUUAGUAUGGGGUUGUACAGAGAUGAAGCAUGGAUUCUAGCUGGAGACUUUAAUGAGCUAUUGUCCAACGAUGAAAAGAGUGGUGGGGCCAUUCGCAGUGAUUCUAGUUUCUGGAACUUCAGGAACAUGGUACAGAACUACAAGCUUCGAGAAAUCAGAUAUACUGGUAACUGUCUCUCUUGGUGUGGAUGGCGCGAAAAUGGCUGGGUCAAGUGUGAGCUGGAUAGGAGUUUUGGUAACAACAACUGGUUUUCUCUCUUCCCCAAGACGAAUAUGGAAUACCUAGAGCUAUGGGCCUCAGAUCAUAGGCCGAUCUUUAUUGGUUUUGCUUUGGAAAAGGAAGACGUCAGGAAAGGUCGGUUUUUCUUUGACAAACAGUUGGGAAGGAAAGGCUGGAGACAGAAGUUGCACAACGGAUCGCAUUCGACGGUGUCGCAGGAAGAUUAUGAACUGGAAAAACACUCUGAUAUUAACUCACGGGAUAAAAUCACUAGGCUGAAAGCAGCUCUGGAGACAGAGGUUUCGAAAAUCAAUCCAUCGUAUGAUCUGAUGGAGAAAAUCAAACAAGAGCUAGCUGAAGCUCUUAGAGAGGGAGAAUUGUUCUGGAGACAAAAGUGUAGAGAAGAGUGGUUGCGAGUGGGAGAUCGUAAUACGAAGUAUUUCCACAAUUGUGUGAAAGGUCGAAGAAUCCAGAACAGAAUUCUGAUGCUGCUGGAUGAGAUGGGACAAGAACAUUUCUCUGAAGGAGCCAAAGGCAACAUUGCAGUUGAAUUUUUCAGAGAUCUAUUUAUGAGCUCUAACCCGACUGACUUGGAAUCCUUGUUUAUGGGUUUUCGUAGUCGAGUUUCAGAUUCCAUGAAUGCGCAUCUCAUCAGACAGGUUGCGACAGAGGAAAUCAAGCAAGCUGCUUUUAACGUAAAAGGGAGCAGUGCGCCGGGUGAGGAUGGCUUAACUGGCAUUUUUUAG